UCUACUCCUCUCUCUCUCUCUUUCUCUCUCUCUCGCCCUUUCUCCAUCGCGGGCUCUGCUGCUCCUCCUCCUCCUCCUUCAAGACACUCCCAAGCUUCCCGGUCGCCGACCCUUUUACCGUCCUUUCGCCUUCAGUGUUUCUCUUCCAUAUCAUGAGGAUUCGGAAGAACGCAAGCCACAUGUCGGGACCAGCAGCAGCAGCAGCGAUGCCGCCUGAAACCACCGCCCACGUCAUCUGCCAGCUAAAUCAGUCGCCGUGGGAUCUGAUUCCCUCCUCCUCCUCUUACUACUCCGCCGCCGCCGCUCAUCCCGACAGUUUCCCCUCUCCCUCCUACUUCCUGCUAAACCGCCAGGUACAGUGUUACCAAUUCCUCCCUCUCCCAUUUCCCUCCCGAAUACGAGCUAGGGUUUUUUCUUAGGGUUCGGCCCAGAAAUUUCGUUCAACGCUGUCGUCGAUUCUUGCUUGGUAGUGAAUGAUUAGUUCCAAGCUGGGGAAGGUAGCAACAUCACCGGCAAUGGUAGCUUAGACGGCUCCGUCGGCGGUGGCGAGAGCGUGGCGUCGAUGAUGGAGGACGACACGGAUGGCGGAGACCAGAAGGCUGAGGAUGGGGAGGAAUCGACGGAAGCGGAUGUUUUCAACUAUCACGAUAAUGUUAAUGGCAAUAAUGGCGCCGCCAGUAGGUGGACGACGAGGAGAGGGGGGAGGGUAGUGAGUGCUAGCCACGGGAAGACGGCUGCGAACAAUACGACGUCGUCGGGGCGUCGAGGAGGGAGGGCAAAAGCGGCAAAGAAAGGGGCGGCGGCGGCGGCAUCGAUGAGCUCCGACCCCAACGAAUUUUACUAUUAUUCUGGAUUCGGACCGCUGUGGGGAAAACGGAGAGGAGGCCACCGCGCUGGCGCUGGCGGCGGCGAUGAGGCUAACAAUAAUAAUAUUAGUUAUGCUAGCAGCGGGGGUACUGGUCCGGCUGCGGGCCCAAGUCGUGCGAAUUCGUCUUCGCCGCCGUUAGCUGCGUUCGAUUUUAUUGACGAGGACUACGACUUUGACGAGGAGGAGGAGGAGGACCUGGAUGGGGCGGCGGGCGGCGAUUUCAUCAGCAAGAAGCGGAUGCGGAAACCGGUGAAAGCCAGAUCCCUCAAGUCGCUGAUGUGAAUGUGCGGUGGCUGAAUCGGGGAGAUAGCUAGGGAAGCGCACUGCCGUUAGCUCGGCGGCGGCGGGCAAGGUGUUCCUUCUCGUCUCCUUGGUUGAUAUUAUCGGUGGGGGUUUCUCUUUUCGCCUUUCUUUUUAUUUUAAUUUCGAUUAUUAUUAUCGUUUGAGCUUUAUUCUGUUUUUGAAUUUUUAGGGUUUAUUUAUGAGGGGAGAGCAGUGUGUUGUCGUGUUGUUGAGAUGGGGCAAGUGGAGGAGUUGUAGCCUUGUAGGGUGCGAUCCUCGUUGGGAUACCGUAGACUUUCUUUGUGAGUGACAACUUAAAUCUAUCAUUUGGGGAAAAUCUCGCCUUAUCUAAGCUAGUUUAGAGCUGAGAUUUUUUACCAGAUGGAUUGUUGUAAUAUAGAGAUUGGAGAUUAGGUGUUGUUUGUAUGUGUAAUUUUAA